UUUUAUUAAUUGAGUUUGAAAAGUCCUGCUGUUUCCUAUUUGAGCACCACCGCCCGAAUAGAUAAAUCGAGGGUGGGAAAAUAAACAAAAACAAAUCAAAACAGAAAAUGUCCAAACAAAAAAUGUGCCACUUAAUGAACCAUAAAGUUCGAUAUCUAUAGGCGACCAUUAGCAGUGUAAUAAAAACCAACAGGCGAAGGAAGUAACCAACCAAUGAAGCAAGCGGUUCGUGGUUUCACACAAGAAGGCAAUUACUUUCAAUGUCAACCACCGUUGACAAUUUAAGCAGCACUCAAUACCACAAAAUAACACUCGAAACCACUGUGUUCUGGCGCAUAAAAGUGGGAGCAAAUUUUUUUUCCAAUUAAUUUAUCGUUUAGUGUGCCAUCCAAAUAGAUACAUUUUAACCAUAUGUAUAGGCACUUACAUACAUAGUGCUAUACAUAAACGUGUAGGAGAAGCGUGGAAUAUAUAGUUAAGCAAGGACACCGAACAAGAAGACCAGAUGAGAAUGCUGCCGACAACAAUGAACCGUUGCCGAAAUUGGUUCUGUGCGCGCAAUAAUAAUAACGACUAUGCUGAGGUUUCAAUUAAUGACGCAACUGCUUCCACACAUCAUGCUGUUGCAACACCAGAUUUCAUUAAAGAUCACCAACCAUCUACAGCGACUACCGCAACAACGGCUACUACAGCCACUACUGGUACGGGAGCUGGAACAGGCAUUAUUGGCGGUGGCGGUAAUGCACAUGUCGUCACUUUUCUCGAUGAUGUGCCGAGCGGCAAUAACGGCAUAGUUAGCACAACAAGUCGCUUAAUAACCAAUUCGGAAUUAAACGCUCAAGCAAUGGAUAACAAUUCGGAUGCUAUUGAGCCGAUGGACGAUUUUGCAUGUACUUCCGGUUCAUUG